AUUUGCAAUAUUUAUCGAAAAUUAUGUUUAAAAAACAAAGUAAUACCCAAUGAAUUUAUUACAUCAUGUUUAUACAAUGCAAGUGUUUAUGGUGAAUUCAAUUUGAAAAGUACUACAAUUACAGAACAUUCUUGUUCGUUAAUAGCUGAAACUUUAAAAUAUGAACCCACUAUUAAUAUUUUGAAUUUGUCUGAUUGUCUACUACCAGCUGAUGGGUUGAAAAACUUUUUAAAUUUGGUCAAUUAUUUAACAAAUUUAAAAAUACUAAAUUUAAAAGGAAAUCAAAUUGGAAAUAAUCUAACAACAUAUAUUUCUAAAACAUUAUUAAAUAAUACUAAUAUUACAGAACUACGAUUGGAUUGGAAUAACAUUGGUGAUUCAGUUGAUACAUUUUCCCAAUUUUGUCAUAGUUUAAUGUCAAAUACAGUAUUAAAUACCUUAAUUUUAGCAAAUAAUAACCUGUGUCAAGCAUGCGGAUUUUAUUUAGCUAGUAUGUUAAACAUAAAUAAAUGCUUAAAGAAUAUCGAUUUAAGUUGGAAUUGUCUAGGUGAAACAGGAGCAGAAUUAUUAAUGAAAUCAUUAAAAAACAAUGAAAUUCUUUUAGAAUUAAAUAUUCAAGGAAAUUCUGUAUCUAUAGAAAUGUCCACUAUGAUAGCCAAAAAACUAAAACAGAAUAAAUCAUGUAAAAUUAACCAAAAAGAAGUUGAAGUUGGUAACUUAAAUAUCCUUGAACAUGUUAAUAAAAAUUACCAAACACAAUUGAAUAUUCUUGACAAUCAAUAUCAAAAUCGUGUCGAGUAA